AUGCCCCUCCGUUCAGCCGGAGCGAAGUCGAAGGCCACGCCCAAUGCUUACCGGUCAAUGAUGCGAGCUGCGCCUGAUUCGCUUGCAUCGCGUCGGUCUGGAGCAGCGCCGGAUCGAAAUGAUCGCCGACCAUCUGAUCGAACAGCUUUGGCAAAAGCCGCCGGCAGGCGGAUGCAACCAUGCAGAUCAGGGGAAAGCCGGGAUUCUUGCCGGCAUGGGCGCCACGCCGUCCUGGGUCAGCCGCUGCAUGAAGGGCAUGGGCGCGCUGUCAUAGAGAUUGCUGUGAUGCAUCUCGCGCUUCUGGAGGAUCGGGAAGAUGAUGACCGACAUAGGCGCGCUGCAUGGGAUGCUCACGACAACCGUCACCGGCAUCUGCAUCGGAUCGACCGCCAUCAUCUGCGGAUCGGCCCAGACAAAGCGAUUCGGCGCGAGAGCGGCAGCAGCCUGAGCGAUCGUGGUGGUGGCGGCACCGUCAUCGGCGGCCAUGGCCGGCGCGGCUAUACCAGCGUCGUUGCGCCCAGCAGGGCGGCAAAAGCAAACCUUCAUAUCCCUUUUCGGCGAGUUCAUAAUUUCUUAAACCCGUCAAGCCACAUUUUGUGCCGAGCGAAAAUUUUUGCGCUCGCGCGGAACUUUCGUCGAAUCGAUGGAACCAAGCGAUCAACCGAUGGCCGGCGGGCGAAAUUCCGCCUCUGUUCUGCUAUCUGA